AUGAAGAAAUCAAUUACAAUUGUGAAUUCUUUCUUGAAAUAUCUUUACUUUCCGAGCACCAAGAUGGGAGAAGAUGAAAUAAAAGCUUUGCUAUCAAAGAAUGAUCACAAGUACUAUUCAUACAAGGCACAAGGCACACCUCUGAGCCCUGAUGGACAAGAAAGUGGUUGUUCUUGGAAUCCGACAAGACAAUGGUACCUCCUUCAUCAGUCUUCCCAUCUUCCUCUGGAUUCAUUUAGCCACUGUGCUAAAUGCUUGACCUUUACUUGGAACACAAUUUUCUCCAUUAUAGGAUUAUUCAUUUUGGCUAUAGGAAUUUGGGGGCUCUCAGAGAAGGAAUCCCUGGAAAGUGAACGAAUAACCUAUUUGGGCAGUGACCCCAUGCUUUUUUUUGUGUUAGUGGGGCUAGUAGCUACGUCUAUAUCUCUUUUGGGCUGUACAGGAGCCCUCUUUGAAAGCACCUUUCUUCUGAAGCUUUUUACUGGAGGAAUAAUGUUUUCUUUGGUUUUGGAAGUUUUGAGUGGAAUUGUUGUCUUUUCUCUGAGACAACACAUAAAGACUUCCUUGCAAAAUUUUCUUAUGGUGGCAAUGUUACAGUAUCAGGAUGACCUAGAUCUCCAGUUCAUUAUGGAUGAAAUUCAAGCAGGCCUCCAAUGCUGUGGAGUAAAGUCUUAUCUGGACUGGAAAGCAAAUUUGUAUUUUAACUGCACUUCUCCAGGUGUGCAAGCCUGUGGCGUUCCUGCAUCAUGUUGUGUGAAUCCACUAGAAAAUGGUACCAUCCUGAAUUCUCAGUGUGGCUUUGGCACCCUAGGCAUGGAGGAGUUUGCAGUUCAAAGCACCAUCUAUCUUGGAGGCUGUGUUCCCCAGUUAAACAGAUGGCUCAAUAGUCACGCAGGAACAAUAGGCUUCUUUGCUGUAGUUUUGGUUGUGAUUGAAGUAGGUAGCUUGUUUCUGGCCAUUAAGCUCCUGGCAGGCAUUGCUUCUGCUCGGACUCAACAUUAUAAAGGAAGGAGGACCAGUUUGGUUUAG